UAAUAUCAGUAUGAUAACGUGAGUCUGCAGCUGGUCUAUGGAACAAUCGCCUUGACAACCAAUAGAAACACUGCUGCUGAGAUCACCACGCUAUCUGAUACUUUUUGUACGCUGCAGCUUAUCAUAACUAAAACAAGGAAUAUAAUCUCACCACCAUCAUGUCCAACGAAGGAGCGGAGUGGGUGGAACUCGCUGAAAGCAAGAAUUUUACCUUUCAGGAGUUUGGGAAUGGAAUUAUCGUGGAAUUUGAGCCUGAUUCACUGAAAGUGUGCGCGUCAUGGCUGCUGUUGCCCGGAGAAAACCUGUGGGGCGCAGGAAUCAGGGGUUUUCUGUACAUUCUUUUCAUGUUUUAUCUUUUUAUCGGUAUUGCCAUUAUAUCAGACAUUUUCAUGGGGGCGAUAGAAGUUAUAACGAGUAAGAAAAAAGUCAUUACUCGCUUCGACCCCAUAACGAAUGAAGCGAAUACCAAAGAAGUCUUGGUAUGGAACGAGACUGUUGCGAAUCUCUCACUUAUGGCCCUUGGUUCAUCGGCCCCUGAGAUCCUACUGGCCUUUGUAGAACAAUUGGGCCUUCUCGCCUCCGGAGUAGAAAUAGACAUUAAUUCAGAAAUUGGUGGUCUUGGUACAUUUACCAUUAUUGGCAGUGCCGCCUUUAAUUUAUUAGUCAUCACUGGAAUCUGCAUCUUCUCUCCAGCCAAAGGGGAAAUUAAGAGGAUCGAACAGUUUGGUGUGUUCUGCACGACCGCGUUAUGGAGUGUGUUCGCCUAUGUCUGGAUUCUUAUCGUACUGCAAUACAACUCUCCCAAUGAGGUAGAGUUGUGGGAAGCAGUAGUGACCUUCCUUUUCUUCCCAGCCCUGAUUCUCCACGCCUGGGCUCAGGACAACAACUGGUGGUGUAUCGGUAAAAAGGCCCCCUUCAUGGUGAAACUUCUGACCACUCAAAAGAAAAAGGGACAGCUCCCCAUGUUCCAUCCAGACUCGAAUGAGCAUCUCAACAAAAACCAUGAGAACCACAAUGACGUUGAAAAAGCAGACGACACACCCGCUGCGCCCGUUGGGGCAUCUAAGUGGGCUGCCUUGAGAAACGCGCCAGAUGCCGCCGAAGAGCCAAGUGGUGAGUCCGCCGCCAAACCUAACCCUUGGGUGAAGUUACUCGACAAGAACAGUGAAGUCCAGGGUGUAGAAGGGGAUCCCAGUCAUCAGGGUCCCACUACCGCUCUUGCUAGAAGCAGGGUCACUGAAACGAGUGCUCUGUCUCGCUCAAGGUUCCGACACGCAGUUCUGAGCUCAAUGAUGGGUACGAGAAGAGUGACUCCUAAACUGAUCACCAGUGCUUCAAGCACCAAGGCUUCUAAACCUCCCCCCAAGAUCGCUACUCUAGUUGAAGUGCUUAGAGAAGCCAGGAGAAAGGAAACUGAACUCCAACGUCUUAGCGCCAUCCGAGGUUUCUUUUACUUCCAUCAGAAGAUGUGCAACAUAAUGCACGACCAAAAGGAACUUGUUCUUGAUGUAACGUACCAACCUAACCCCUCCUUUAGACCUAAGGCUGAAGAGAAGGCCUCGGCAGAUCAGGACAGUGACAGGUUGAAAGCAUAUCUGACAUCACAGCCCAUUCCAAGUGAGGACAAAGUUAAGAAAGAAGAAGAUGCUCUUGCCGAUUCCCCUGAAGCUGAAGACAUUACCGCACUUAUUCAGGAUGGAACUUUAUCCAAGGACUUCCAGUGCACGUACGCUGACUCUAACUACAUACACUUCUCCACUAGAGAUGGGUCUGCCAAGAAGAAUCUUGAUUACGAGCCUGUAUCUGGAGUCUUGGAGUUCAAAGAAGGCGAAAUCAAGAAGCAGAUACGGAUCCCCAUCCUCCACCACGAGGUUGAGUCCCGUCAGGAGGAGUUUAACGUGAUCUUGGAGAACCCGUCCAAGGAGACAGAUCUGGGGGAUCCCAGUAUCUGUACUGUCACCAUCCUGGACAUGUCGAGACGGAAUAAAAAGUGGACCCGGUGGUCCGCCAAAAAAUGGUUCUUGGCACGUAGCCAGAUCUUGGCACGUAUACCUACAUACGAACGUUUCAUAGAUCACGGCACCAUAUCCGUGGACUCUACCCGUUACCAUAGCGACGCGAACCCCGGUGAGAUAAGCAUUGGAGUGAAGAGGAGUGGAGGCAGUGACGGAGCCGUGGCUAUAUCCUACAGGACCAUUGACGCUACAGCUAUUGGAGGAGACUCCCAGAACGACGGAAGCGAUUAUAUCAAACUGCAGGGAACUCUCUGGUUCAGACACGGAGAGGCUGCCAAAACAAUCGACCUUGUUAUCAACCCUAACGCACACCCCCUCCAGGAUCAUAGCACCCUGAUUGUUGCCCUACAGCGCCCUCUACUCGGCGCUACUCUGGGAGAAGAAUGUGCCAUGGUCAUCACCAUCUGUAAAACUGAAGGUUGUCGGGAGAGCAGAGACGAGGCUCUGUUGGCUGAGAUCGCUGGUAAUUACGAUGACGAGGACAAGCCGCUCAAAGAGGCUUAUCUUGAACAAUUCACGAGCGCCCUGACGAUGGGAGGUGAGGUUGAUGAGGACGGCGAGGAAGAGGAACCCUCAAUCGGAGAUCUUAUCAUGCAUUUUAUCGCUCUCUUCUGGAAAGUUCUCUUCUCAAUCGUUCCUCCGAGGUUCUGUGGCUCUGGGUACCCUGCGUUUGUGGUGUCUCUCUUUUUCAUUGGUGUGUUGACCGCCAUUGUGGAACAGAUUGCCAGUUUACUGGGUUGUGUCUGGGGCAUCAAACAGGCUGUUUCUGGUAUUACUUUAGUGGCUCUGGGUACAAGUUUGCCCGACACUUUCGCUUCUAGGUCUGCUGCUAUUCACGAUGAUUCCGCAGAUGCUGCCAUUGGCAACGUCACAGGAAGUAACUCGGUGAAUGUAUUCUUGGGUUUGGGACUACCCUGGUUGCUGGCAGUUUUCUGGAAAAAGGCUGAUCAGAGCGGACCCUUUAUGGUUGGCACCUUUAACCUCGAGUUUUCUGUGAUCUUAUUUGUCAUGUUGGCUUUGUUUGCUCUUCUUACUCUCAUCCUACGUCGAGUGAUACUGGGUGGUGAACUCGGAGGCAGCACUGUUGUCAAAUUCAUGACCGGUUCAAUAUGCUUAUUGCUCUGGUCUACCUACAUCAUCGUGGCAUCUCUGAAAGCCUACGGAAUCAUUAACAUUGGUUGAAGAAAUACGGGGAAGACCCGUUAAUUCUAUUUCGCGGGAUAUUAUUUAUUAGCUCAAACUCAUUAGGUCGUUGUUUCACUAACUUUUCUUACCUACCUCUAGAAUCUACUCUGUCUUAGAUAUUGGUUGGGGAAUUUACUAUGAAAUGUGCCUGAAACAAAACUCUUGAAGGGGCGCAGUUUCAUCCUUUGUUAUUGCAGAAGAUGUUUUGUAUCCAUUGUAGGAGUAGGAUUAGUACGUUAACGGUUGACUUAAUCGCUGUUUCCAAUAUUUGGCACCAAAUGCCAUGAUCUUCUUUCUUGAUUCUACGAAUCAGCUCGACUGAACAAGAUGUUUUUAUAAAGCUAACAAAGUAGGAUAUAACAUUGAUAACAAGAUCAAAGAUUUCUUCGUGAUGUCACAACUCAAGGGUCAUUUAUUUCGGACAUUUUUCAGGGAAUAUACCGUUCUUUGUCUGUUUGGUGAAAGAAUUUUGUAGAUAUUUCUGUUGAUUCGAUAUGUGAUAUAUGAGAUGUAUUUUUAUGAACGUUUUAUAAAA